AUGGCUACACCCUGGAAUCUACAGGGAUCUCCCGGCAUGAUGCCUCAAGAUUCUUUCUCGGAGUCCGGAUCACAGCCAUCUGGAGAUGGUUCAAAUUCGUCACAGGAAGCGCCUCCCCAAAUCGAAACAAGUAGCGACGCAUCUGUGGAAGAAACGAAAAAGCGCGUAGAGAACCGGCUUUCUCGAUACUGUCUUCUGUGGGAAGCUCUGAAGGAGCUCCCAGACAUCAACGAAACCAACGAAGGCCGGUACCGAGAGAUGCCCGAGGACGCUACUCCGCCGAAUACCCCUACCUUCGAGUGCGAAGUUCACGGCACCCCCUAUGAGCUUUUCAAGAAUUUCUUAGAUCGUCUGGCGGAAGUUUGCAGUUUUGAUCGCAAAACCUACAUGGUCACUGCGAUCCUGGUGGAGAGGACGGAUGAGGAGUUUGUUUUUCAUGUCACGCGAAACGGCCUUGCUCACCUCAGUGAAGAGCAGACUCUCGUGGCAUUCCUCGAAGACUUGCUUUACCACAUUGGCAGUCUGCAGGAGACAGAUCUACACGAGUUCCAGCGAUCUCCAGCGUUUGGGGAAUUACUCAACUUCAUCGUCGAGGCAAGUGUGCCUAGAAUCAAGUGUUACCGAUCCAGGCUUCGCAAUUCACUCUCAGAAUGUUUGAGACAUGAGAGUGUGGCCGGCAUGGGACCCGAACUCUUACAGGAAGUCAACGCCCUCCUGGCAGCAACCAUGGUCACUCUGAGUGAUCAAAAGCCUGGUAAGUACCAAACAUACAAUGAGGCCGUGUAUAGCUUCAAUCUUGAGACACAGCAACUGAGAGAGUCUACCAAAACAGAUGAUGCUAUCAAUCUAGUUCUUGCUGCCGAUAGUUUCGUGGCUCAUAUCUCCCAUCUCAAGGAAGUGUUGAGGCCGUGGACGGCGGUCAACACCAAUGGCACUGCACUUCCAAGCCGCUGGGGGUAUGUCUUCCAUGAUGUUGGAAGACUCAGGUCUUAUAAGAAGAACGUCGCGGUGUUCUUCAAGGCCCGAAUGGAAUUCUCCGAGCUCUUAAAAAAAUACAGAGUCAAGUUCCUCCGCCCCAGGCUAGCUGUGCCAACACCUUUGUUGUGGGACAUGGAGGAACUCCGUCGUCGCUUCAAAAGCAGGAAGUAUCACAAGAAUCUCUGGACCGAGGAACACAUCGACAAGGUGUAUCAGAAGAUGAGAGAGCUUUCCGGAUGGAAUUUCAAACGUCAGGUACAUGCCGAGGUUGCGCUCUCGCAUUGGUUUCAACAGAGAUGCAGGUUCCCCGAAACAGGCUCGGAAGACACCUCUGGACCCUUCUUCCGCGGUUACCGAUAUGUGGCUUCCAGCAAGCCCUGUUGCCAGUUGUGCAAGGGUUACUUUGACUAUGACGAGACGGCUCCGGAUUGUCGGCGUUCACACGCAAACACUUACACCCGGUGGACUCUUCCAGGCUUCGAGCUUUGCGCGACGGAAAAGGCCGUCGACGCCCACAUAGAAACGUAUCGAGACAUUGCGAGACACCUCAAGCAUCUGGUCAAAGCCGUUCUUUCUCAGUGGAAGCCAGAAUGCGACCCCACAUGUUUUGACUCUGACAGUGACAUUUCAUUUUCGGGUUAA